CAUUAGUUGCCGAGACAGCUUAAUCAGUCAGACGUCUAGUUCUCUCAGUGCUACAAAUCUUUCACAAUGGCCAGAAAAGGUUUACGAAGAAGUGCUCGAAGAAGCGCAAAGAAGAGGCGAGGUUCAGGAAGACGUGCAGUCACAACCGCCGUGGUUGUUAAAGCCGUCGCCGCGCUGGGAAGCCGCAAAGGCUCCAGCUACACCGCCAUCAUGAGAUACCUAAAGGUUCACAAUAUCCGAGCCUCUUCUGCGGCUGUUAAAGUUGCCAUUGCAAGAGCCGUGAAAACUGGAGCACUUGUCAAAAGAGGAGCACUGUUCAAAAUUCCCAUGUCAGCUGCAAAAUCAAGAAGACGCUCAGCUAGGAGACGACGUGGAAGAAAAGCCAGAAAAUCAGGAGGACGAAGACGCAAGGGAUCUGCAAAGAGACGAAAGGCUUCCAAGCCCAAGCGAAGAAGAAAAUCUAAGAAGUCAAAGUCUCGCAGAAGGCGCAGAUCAGCUAGAAAAACAAGAAGACCAAAGAGAGUUGCCAGGAGGGCAAGACGAGUCCGCCGCUUGAGUGCAAAGAGGAGGGUCUCUAGAAGACGCCGAACCACCCGCCGUCGAAGAUCCAGAAGAACCCGACGACGCAACUAAGUCAACAAAACGAACAUUUUUUGAAAACCUGCUUGACAGGAUAGAUCUGUAAAUGUAACAACAUAAAAUGCUUAACAACAAUUGAUGUAAGAUAUGACUUCAUAGCUUGGACUGUCACAAUAAACUAUUUGAUGACUGA